AUGGCGCCUGCAUCACAGCCUAUGUUUUCCAAGGACGAGAAAGCGCUGUGCUUCCAUCACGAGCUUCUCUACGAGGCCAAAGUUCUUGAUGUAAAGGCGUUAGAUCCCAACGACAAGAAGAGCGCGUAUCUUUACAAAGUCCAUUACAAAGGCUGGAAGGCCACGUGGGACGAUUGGGUUCCGCAGGAUCGGCUGCGUAAGCUGAACGACGAGAACCGCGAGCUAGCCAACAACCUCAAGAAAGAGUUGGAAGCCAUGCGCCGCGGCUCUCAGGCCCAGAAGACGGCGGCGACUUCGCACAAGAAGAAGCCCGAAGCCGGCUCCGCACGUGGCAGCGAGGGUCGUGAGACGCCUGUGGCAUCAACGAGUCUUGCUGGCCGCAAGAGGGGCAGAGACUUCGAGGUCGAGAGGGUCCUGGCCGUCGAGGAAUCCCAGUCGGGGAAACGGUCCACGCAGAGAAAAGGGAAGAGCCAGGGAAAGCAACCCCCCGAAGGAAAGAGUACUCCGAAAGAGAAGGGGCCCAAGAAGAGAAAGAGAAAUGAGCUGGGGAACGAAGCUGAGAUGAUGGGGCGGCCAGCUAAGGGGGCCAAGCUUGUCAAUCAGCGGCGUACAACAGCCCGUUUGACCGUCCUCAAAAACUGGGGCAGAAGUGGAACUGGCGAUUCUGAUGAAGAGACUUUCCGCACAAGGCCAGCCAUCCGCCUUCACAUGCCCGACAGGCUCAAGUCGCUCCUGGUUGACGACUGGGAGAACAUUACUAAGAACCUUCAACUUAUCAACAUUCCAGUCAAGGUUCCCGUCAGCGCUAUCCUAGACAUGUAUGAAGAUCAGGAAUCGCCCAAGCGGAUCCCAGGCAGCGCGGAAGCCGACAUCCUCGAGGAAAUUAUCGCUGGUGUCAAGGAGUACUUCAAUAAAGCUCUUGGCCGCAUCCUCCUUUACCGGUUUGAACGCGACCAGUACCUGGAGAUCUACAAGCGGACGGAGAGCCCCACGGACGCACUGGCGGGCAAGACGAUGUGCGAGAUCUACGGUGGCGAGCAUCUGCUCCGUCUCUUCGUGUCAUUACCGGAGCUGAUCGCACAAACGAACAUGGACCCUCAGUCAGUGAACCGGCUCCGCGAAGAGCUCGUCAAGAUCACCAUGUGGCUCAACAAGGAUGAAACGGUGGGCAAGGUGUUCGUGUCGGAAUAUGAAUCGCCUGGCGUGGAGUAUGUCGACAAAGCCAAGGGCGACGAGAAGCGCUGA